AUGGAAGUCAAUAUUUUGAAUAUCAGUGUAUUGGCUCGUACAAGGAUAUUUCUGUUGAUGAUUUUAUUCAAGCACAGUAUGAUAUUAAUUAUCGUCGUGAAUGGGAUGGAAAUAUUAAUCGGCUUGAAAUAUCCAUAUCCAUUAUAUCCGCGUUUAUAUAUUUAUUUACAACAAAAAUUCAUUGACGAAAAUGCUCGGACUGUUUUAGUAACAAAUAAAGCAAUUGAUGAAAAAGUCUAUUCUUUUGAUGAUUCUUCUUGUGUUAGAGUAACUGAUUAUAAUUCUAAAUUAUUUGUUAGAGCACAUGGGGAAUUGGAUGAAAAUGGAUUAGAUUUUAUUCUUAUUUAUCAUGAUGAUCCAAAAGCGCCAAUUCCUAAAAAAAUAUAUGAUUUUGGUGUUAAUGUUAUUGGUCCAUCAUUUUUAAUUUCUGUUCACUCAGCAGCAUUAAAAUUAGCAAAAGAAAGAAUAAAUAAUAAUAAUAUAAUUAGAAAAACAGCACAAAGACAAAGAAUAUUAAGUGGAAUUGAAAAUAAAAAUAAUAAUGAAGAUAUACAAAAUAAUGGAAAAUUUAAAGAAAACAAACAACAGCAACAACAAACUGCUUAA